GAUCCGGAAGCACAUGGUAACCACUGAAGAAAUGUGUUCAACUCAACGCAAACUGGAUAUUUACCGUUUUCAUCUCCACAUAUGAACACUGCCGUCGAAACGUGUUGUUUGUUCAACUUUCUAACGCACUUUUUGUUUGCUAACGUGCAGCAAGACAGUUCAAUUCAUUUCCAUCAUGGUUCGAGCAAAACGGGGUAGGCAGAUACAAGGGCCUAAAAAGACAGAGCGAUAUGAUGAAGAUGACCCUGAAACCUACAAGAACAUGCCUGUCCCUGAUAAGAAAUCAUCACAGUACACAAAGGACAAAAUCGAUGAGUUUCACGAUGAGAAGAUCGCAAAACUUCUCGCCAGUGGUGUUCAAAUUGAGAGCGACCUGGAGGAACUGGAUGAUGAGGAGGAAGUCAUGGCCCUGGAUGACUCUGAGUCGGAGGAGGAGGAGGAAGAAGAAGAUGACCAGGAACAGGGCACAGACAUGGAGAGUGAUCUAGAGGGAAAAAAAGAAGAAGAUCUUCCUAAUGAAAUGGCAUGGGGCACCAAGAAGAAGAUGUUUUAUGACACUGACUACGUGCCCACCAAAGGGAAAUCUCAAGAAGAGUUGGAAGCUGAGGAACUAGAGGAAGAAGAAGAGGCUAAAAACAUCCAAAAACGUUUAGCUGCAAAUCUGAGCGAGGAGGAUUAUGAUUUAAACUUUUUUCAGGACUUUGCUGUGGAGGAGAAGGAUGAAAGCAAAACUGUAGAAAAGGAGGAGAGGAUUGUGAAAGACCUGAAGCAGAUGUCCCAGAAGGAAAAAAUGAAACUUUUGAAGAAGGAGUCACCAGAGCUGCUUGAACUUAUUCAGGACUUUAAGGCAAAGCUUACUGAACUAAAGGAUGAGCUGCAGCCACUCGUACAGAUGGUCAAGGAUGGAAAGAUCCCACCAGGAAAGGGUGCUGACUACCUCAAGACAAAACAGCAACUUUAUCUUAAUUACUGCACAAACAUCAGUUUCUACUUGGUGCUGAAAGCGAAACGAAUCCCAGCUCAUAACCAUCCUGUGAUUGAAAGACUGCUCACCUACAGAAAUCUCAUCAAUGAACUAGGUUCAGUAGAUGAUCGACUUGCACCACAGUUUCGCAAGCUACUAGCCGGUGAGGAGAAUAAGGCCAGCAGCAGAUCAACAGAGGUCAAGAAGCCUAGACUCUCAAGUAAGAAGAAAAAGGAUUCUGGUGAAACUGCUCUUGAGGUUGAGGAGGACUCGGACUCUGACCUGGAUGAGGAAGCGGCUUUACGUUUCUACAAAGAGGUGGAGGAGCGGGUGAAACUGAAGAGAAAGCGCAGUGACCCAGAAGCUGAAGAGUUGGAGGAGAAUCAAGAUGAAGAAGAGCUGGACCCAGAUGCUAAGAGAGGAAUCACAUACCAGAUGGCCAAGAACAAAGGACUCACACCAAAGAGGAAGAAAAUUGACCGUAAUCCCAGAGUCAAGCACAGAGAGAAGUUCAGGCGGGCCAAAAUCCGCAGAAAGGGCCAGGUCCGGGAGGUUCGUCGGGAGGACAAGAGAUACAGUGGAGAGCUGUCUGGAAUUCGUGCUGGUGUCAAGAAGAGCGUUAAACUUAAGUAACCAAGAGAGAAUCCAAAAUAUGCUGCCAGGUGUAGGAUUGAAAAAUAAGACUAAUGGACUGUACUUAGAAAUGUUUAUUAUAGGUGACCUGUGUAGGAAAGCACAUCACUGAAGUAAUCAACUGUCAGUCACUAUUGUAGAAAAGACAUAAAAAUGUUUUUCUGUUCUAGAUUCAUUGUGCAAUGUGAAUAAACAUUUUCAAUAACA